AGAUUUUAAGAAACAGAAUAGCAAACCCAACUUGCCAAAUAAUCAAAAUCUUUCAGGCAAACUCAUGGGUCUCAAAGAUCUUCAUCUCAAGUUUAAGCAAGGCUUGCAGCUGAGGCGAAUUCUCAAGAUAAAUACUGGGUUUAAGAAGAAAGAGGCCAACUUUACCAAAAAACCUUCAUGGAUGAUGCCAGCAGUUUCACAUGGGCAUCAUGUGGUGGAGGGUUAUGAUGGAUCCGACUGUGACUAUUUUAGGGUUCAGAGAGAGCAGAUUGAAGAGCUUGAGCUUUGGCUUUUUGGAGUUUCGGAUCCUCGGAUUGGGGACGGAGUUACCAAGUACAUGCAGGCACAUCUGUUUGAUAAGAAACCUAAAGAGUCUUACAUAAAGGGAAAGAGCCAAGAGACUAUGAAAAAAGCAUAUCUUAGUGCUAAAUCAAAGGUUAGAGAUGCCCAGGAAACUGAGGAGGCAAAUGGAGUGGGUUCGGUUUCGGCAAUGGUGAUCGAUGGUGAAAAGCUAGUGUUAGCUAAUAUGGGCAACUACAGAGCAAUUGUUUGCAGAGAGGGUUUAGCUCAUGAAAUAGGCAGCAGGCACAAGCAAUCACCCAAAAGGAGUUGGUCUAGUAGAUUUUUCAGAGCAAGCAAUAAGCAAUCUAAAAGCUCAGAUCUUGUUGUUGGGGCCGAAAAGAUUGAGAAUGAUACUGAAUUUGUCAUCUUAGCAAGCAGUGGAAUAUGGGAGGUGAUGAAGUAUCAAGAGGCUGUGAAUCUCAUAAGGAACAUCGAGGAUCCACAAGCAGCUGCCAAGUAUUUGGCAAAGGAAGCUUCAAACAGACUGAGCAGAAGCAACAUUUCUUGCUUGAUCAUUCGAUUUGAUUGACGUUUCAUUUGUCGAUUUCCGUAGUCUUUGUUCAUCUUGUAUGGGAUGUAGAGUUGAUUUUUCGUCAAAACAUGUCUGGAUUAGCAAUAGAACAUGCGAUGAGAUGCAUGUUGGAUACAUUUGGAAC